AUGAGCUACUACGGCAGCUACUGUGGAGGCCCGAGCUAUGGCCUUGGAGGUUUUGGUGGCCUGGGUUAUGGCUACGGCUGUGGCUGUGGCAGCUUCCGUAGACUGGGCUAUGGCUGUGGCUAUGGAGACUAUGGAUAUGGCUCUGGCUUUGGAGGCUUUGGAUAUAGAUGUGGCCGUCCAUCAUGCUAUGGAAGAUAUGGAUUCUCUUGCUUCUAUUGA